UCUACUUCCGGGUCAGCCCCCGCCCCGGGCAGGCUGGUGGGGGCGGCGGCCCCGGCCAUGAGGAGCCGAGUGAGGCGGCGGCGGCCGCGUAGGGCCCUGCCUGGGCGGCGGCGGGGCCCCAUGGGCCUGGGGCGCUACUGGCGCUGCCGGGGGUAGGGUGGGGGGAGCCCGUCCCCGCCGCCAUGUACACCUUCGUGGUGCGGGACGAGGGCAGCAGCGUGUACGCCGAGGUGAGCCGGCUGCUGCUGGGCAGCGGGCAGUGGCGGCGGCUCCGGAGGGACAACCCGCGCUUCAACCUGAUGCUGGGCGAAAGGAACCGGCUCCCCUUCGGCAGGCUGGGCCAUGAACCUGGACUUGUGCAGCUGGUGAAUUACUACAGGGGAGCAGACAAGCUGUGCCGCAAAGCAUCUCUGGUGAAGCUAAUCAAGACAAGCCCUGAACUAUCGGAGUCCUGCACAUGGUUCCCUGAGUCAUAUGUGAUUUACCCAACAAACUUGAAGACCCCCGUGGCUCCAGCACAGAAUGGGAUUCGCCAUCUCAUAAACAACACAAGGACAGAUGAGCGGGAAGUUUUCUUGGCAGCUUACAACAGGCGGCGGGAAAGCAAAGAAGGCAAUGUGUGGAUCGCCAAGUCUUCAGCUGGUGCCAAAGGGGAAGGGAUCCUGAUUUCUUCAGAGGCUGCAGAGCUCCUGGACUUCAUUGAUGAGCAGGGACAAGUGCAUGUGAUUCAGAAAUACCUGGAGAGGCCUCUGCUUUUAGAGCCAGGGCAUCGCAAGUUUGACAUCAGGAGCUGGGUUCUUGUGGAUCAUCAAUAUAAUAUCUACCUCUACAGAGAGGGUGUCCUGCGGACCUCUUCCGAACCAUAUAACAGUGCUAAUUUCCAGGAUAAAACCUGCCACUUGACCAAUCACUGCAUUCAGAAGGAAUAUUCCAAAAACUACGGGCGGUAUGAGGAAGGGAAUGAAAUGUUCUUCGAGGAGUUCAACCAGUAUCUGAUGGAUGCCCUGAACACAACGCUUGAGAAUAGCAUCUUACUGCAAAUCAAACACAUAAUAAGAAGCUGCCUUAUGUGUAUAGAGCCUGCAAUCAGCACAAAGCAUCUUCACUACCAGAGCUUCCAGCUCUUUGGCUUUGACUUCAUGGUGGAUGAGGAGCUGAAGGUCUGGCUGAUAGAAGUUAAUGGGGCCCCAGCAUGUGCCCAGAAGCUGUAUACAGAGCUCUGCCAAGGAAUUGUGGAUGUAGCCAUCUCUAGCGUUUUCCCCCUCAACGACACAGGGCAGAAGACAAGCCAGACAUCAUCGAUCUUUAUCAAGCUGUGAUGACGACAGGAACACGUCUGCUGUGCAUAGGAGAGACUGCACCCAUUGGGUCAGCACAGCACAGUGGCUUAUCUCAGUAUCAUGCCAAAAAGUGACAGAGGCAGGCUUCUUAUUUUCUGGGAAAUCAUGGGGAAAAACAACAGAACAGGCAUCCACACAGAGCUGUGAUGAGCCAGAGCUGCUCAGAUAGCUCUGCCUGCAUUCACCAAAAUCCACUUCAGAAACAGCUCAUGUGACUUUGAUACCUGAAGCAAAUCUCUCUGGGAGAACAAAAAAAUAAUAACCUUAAAAUUAAACCCCAACAGGGAUACUAUAAUACUGUAUUAGCUCCUCCUUUUCUAUAGAGAUAACAUUGGGUUUUUUAAGGGAAUUGAGCAAAGAGAACAAUGAUCUUGGGACAUCAUGGCUGGGAAGUUGCCCUCCUCCUGCUGUGUUUCUUCUUUCCUCACCUACUGCAUCAUUAGUGCCUUAGCUCAGCUCCAAAUAGGUGACUCCUUUCCUUUGUUCCUGCUUUGUUACAUAGAAAGGAGCAAGCUCUCCUGCACCGCAGGAUGCCUAAAACCAGGAGCACCCAAGAAUUCAGUUUCCUUAGGUCAUUUUCCAAGCUGGUUGGCUGAACAGCCCAGGCAGCAGCUGGCAAAAGGGUGCUGAAUGCAGAUGGUGAAUUAACCCAUACAAGGAAGGCAAUUUUGUUUAUUUAGUUAUCCCUUUUCCUAAUGAGAUCUGAAUCAGUAUCCAUCCCAGUCUGAUGCAGUUGGAUUCUGUUUAAAAGAGGUAGAGACACCCCUUUUGGGGCUCACCGGCAGGCUGUAGGUUUUCUAGCAUCACUUCUGUGCUCAAAGUGUUUCAGAUAGCAGAAACCCAAUCUCAGCUUCCUCCGAGACACUUCAGUGAAUUUACGCUCUGCAUUUGAGGCUUUAAUCUGAAAUCUUUCAACCCAAAUAAUGUUUAUCCUGUUUGAUGCAACCAAUUUUAUUCUCCUACAUGUGACAAAUACUGCUAUUUUUUGCCCUGAACACAGUCCACAGCUCAGUCCCAGCAAGGGGAAAGGUGGGUGAGGUUUUGUAGACCAGGGGAGAGAGUCCUUGUGUAUAGGCUUGCCACACAGCUGGGAAGGCAGAUGUUUUGCAUGGGAGGGGAGGUUAAAUUCCUUGUGGUCCCUGAAUUUCAGAGCUAAUGUGUACUUUGAAAUAUAAUUAAAUCCCUGGCAUGCUG